AUGGGGACAAUUCCGGGCAAUGCGCUUCGCGAAGAAGAUUCUCACGAUGUAAUCGCUGGUCAUCUUCAAGUGUAUGAUUCUCGAGUUGGAUCCGAACCCCAAGGUUCAAUCCUCAUUUGGGAACAGCAAUUUCUAAAGAUUGGACGUGAUGCAAAAUCAAACACAUUUUCCAUCGACAGCGAUCCAGAGUUCACCGUGUCUCGCAAUCACUGUGAGAUUUACGUUGUCGUCUACGAAACAUCUAUCAAUCAUGUAUAUGUCCGCGACAGAAAAUCCAUCAACGGGACAUAUGUCAACGGCACACUGAUAGGUGUCGGUCCAAAUGUAACGCCAGGCUAUCUUCUUGAUCAUGGGGAUGAGAUAGAGUUGCGGCCUUACUGGAAGUUCAAGCUCUUCCAAACUGACCACCCUAGACGCCAUGAGUUCACCCGUAUUCAGAGCGAGGAAUGCAAGUUGUUUGUAGACAAAUAUCUUGUCACCAAUCGCUGUCUGGGAGAAGGAGCCGAAGCAUGUGUUCACCUAGCUACGGAUACCAAGACCAAAAAACAGUUAGUGUGCAAGGUAGUGAAUCUUCAAAAAUUACGAGGUCGAGAUGUUACGAAGCAAGUCCAACGAAGGUUCCAAGAGGCGGAUAUACUUCGUCAACUGCAUCAUCCAAAUAUUCUGUCCUACGUGGAUUGUAUUAGUUCUCCGCACACUUUAUACACGUUUACGGAGCUCGCAUCAGGUGGCGAUCUGAUGUCUUUUAUUUAUCGACACAAUUUGAUCGACGAAUUUGAUGUUCGCAUCAUUUUGUGGCAAGUUGCCAGUGGCUUACAGUUUCUCCACAGCAGAGGAGUUGUCCACCGCGAUCUCAAGCCCGAAAACAUCCUACUUGCGUUCUCUCCCAAACUCCUGCACUAUCGAGUGAUGCUGUCUGAUUUCGGGACCUCGUCUGUUCCUCGCCGCAAUAGAAUGACAAGCAAUGUAGGUACAGCAAGUUAUCAAGCCCCAGAACUUGUAUUUGGGUCCAUCCAGACGCCUGCUGUGGACAUUUGGUCCAUGGGUAUCGUCACACUCGUUUUACUAGUUCCGCUUACAGAUGACGAGCUCAGUGAGCUCAUUCGGUUGGACCAGGAAGUUCUCGACGGAUAUAUUGGCGAGCUCAAUGAGAAAGCUGCAUCAAGAAGAUCUUCGAAAAGUCUGAAUUUCGUACGGAGAUGCCUACGUAUUAACCCAGAAGAGCGACUGACUACCGCUUUGGCAAGUUCUCAUUCGUGGCUAUCCACCCCUGAAAAACACCUGAAAUUCUUCCAGCAACUAGAUGAGAAGAUGUUGGCUGAGUGGCAGAAUCCAGAGCAAUUCCGACCUAUGCCAUUGGCUUUGGAAGAUUCAAUAUCUACCGGAGAAUUCAGCCACGAUCCUUCCCCCGGAGAUGCCUCUGAGGAGUGCUGGCCAGUGCGUCAUGGUCCUUUGACAGAAAGUCAUCAUUUUGAUGAUACUCGCCGGGGCGAAAACCAUUGCUAUAAAGACAAUGGGACAAACCCAGCCGAAAAGUAUCCGAGUCAAAUGGAAUUUCCGAGCCACAAAGUGAACGAAGCGAAAACAAGCAUCUUUAUCCAUCCAACGCAUGACAGAGAAUCAGCACCCCAGCUAAGGGCCAAAAGAAGACGAAUAACUGUUGCCAAGCAUGGCGACGCUCUGUUUCUUCCUCUUACCGGGCUACAAAAACAUCUGCACCCCCCUCUGCGUGGGGGCCAAAGAGAACAAGUUCUCGAGGCUCUAAAAAAGACAAACUCGAAAUUCCUAACGGAUCAAGAUCGCAGUAUUAGCGACCCAUACGCUCUCCCCUAA